AGUACUUGUCUAUUUUUCCUUUCUAUAAUCCUGCAGUGAAUCCUCCCCGGUUCACCUUCCUUCUUCAAGACCUGCCUUAAUCCUCCUCUUAUGCGAUCGCCUGCGCAUUAUCCUGCCCGCAUUAUCCUCGUGCCAUCCCGAUACUAAAUGUUUACUCGCACACAACUAGCAAACACCGAUGGAGUCCACCAGCUCGUCCGUCUUGAGGAGGAGGACAUGACGAUACAGCUGCGCGGGCUGCGCCGCACCCUGCCUGGUGCCAUGCUCUACUGGACCCUGGUUUUCUGCACCGCCGGGCUCCUGUAUGUGGUCGACACCUGGUUCCACACAAUCUCGCUCUGGUUCAUCAUGAAGCCCGCGCCCCUGGCCACGGCCGAGUACAUCCAGGUUACCGACGAAGGCAAGCACCUGUCGAUGGAGCGGGUUCAGCACAUUAAAUUUGACGGCACCCUGACCAUGGUGUUUGGUGCCAGCAGCAAGUCAGGCGACAAUAUGGCUCUGGACGAGCUGCGUGUGUUUGUGUUCCGCCAUAACCGGUUCAUCAUGCACCCGGUGUCGCUCGAGUACAUUUCGACCAGCAAGUGGAAGGAUGCGCAGUGGCAGCAGGGCGUGGUGACCGGCCGGCAUGGCCUGACGGGCCAGGAGGUCGACCAGCGGCUGCGUAUCUUUGACCGCUGUCUGAUCGACAUUGAGGAAAAGUCGUGGGUACGCCUCCUGGUUGAGGAGGUCCUGAACCCGUUCUAUGUGUUCCAGAUCGCCAGCAUCAUUAUCUGGAGUUGCGAGGACUACUACUACUAUGCCGCGUGUAUCUUUUUCAUCUCUGCCGUGUCCAUCGCCGUCACGCUCAUUUCAACCAAGAGAACAGUGCGCAAGAUCAAGCAGAUGGCAGCAUACUCGUGUCCUGUGCGCGUCCUGCGCGACCGCAAGUGGGAGGUCAUUGACUCGGAGGGCCUGGUGCCUGGCGAUAUCUUUGACAUGUCCGACGAGGGCAUCUCGGUGCUGCCGUGCGAGGCCGUCAUGCUCGAGGGCGACUGCAUCGUCAACGAGAGUAUGCUGACUGGCGAGAGUGUGCCAGAGUCAAAGUCGCCGCUCGAGCCCAGCAGCAGCGUCAUGGAGCUGAUCGAUCUGAGCUCGCACACAUUCAAGCCCGAGAUUGCCCGCCACGUCGUGUUUGCUGGGACAAAGAUUGUGCGUGUCCGCAAGGCUGUCAGCCGCUUCCCGCGCGACCGCUCUGCCUCGCCACCCACCGAUGGUGCUGGCAGACUGGCAAUCGAUGAGAACUUCUCGGACCAGAUGUCGUCGACGGUCUCGGCCGACAUGAGCAAUGGUCCGAACGUGCGCGCCACAGCCAUGGUCCUGCGCACAGGCUUCAACACAACCAAGGGCAGUCUGGUGCGCUCCAUCCUGUUCCCGCGUCCAACCAAGUUCCGUUUCUACCGCGAUGCCUUCCGCUUUAUCGGCGUGCUGGCCGUCAUCGCCGUGUGUGGAUUCAUCGCAAACACCAUCAAUCUCCACCGCAUCGGCGUGUCGGCUGGCGCGAUCGCCAAGAAGGCACUCGAUCUGAUCACCGUGGUUGUGCCGCCUGCCCUGCCGGCGUCCAUGUCCAUUGGUAUGGCGUUUGCUGCCCGCAGACUGCGCAAGGUUGGCAUCUUCUGCAUCAGUCCGUCGCGUAUCAACGUGGCCAGCAAGGUCGCCGUUAUGUGCUUCGACAAGACUGGCACGCUGACUGAGGAGGGGCUGGAUCUGCUCGGUGUGCGUGUGGUUAGCCAGACGAGCGGCUCAUUCGUCCCAAUGCACUCUGAUGUGCAGCAAGUUGCCGAGUCGGUCACCACCAAGGACGGCGAACUACAGGACACCAUUGGCGUUUCCGGCAUCACUGUGUUCAAUGCGCUUGCCACCUGCCACUCGCUGCGCCUGGUUGACAAUGUGCCGAUUGGCGAUCCGCUUGAGGCCAAAAUGUUCGAGUUCACUGGCUGGCAGAUGGAGGAGAACGAGGGCAGCGAGCCUGACAGCGACCAGGCCAGCAGCGCGACGCCCCUUCCUACGGUCAUUCGCCCGCCCACUGGCUCUGCUGUCCCGGCUGGCCUAGAGGAGCUCGGCAUCCUCCGGUGCUUCGAAUUCUCGCCAGCGCUGCGCCGCGCCAGUGUCAUCACCAAGCGCCUGCACAACAAGUACGCCGAGACAUACACCAAGGGUGCUCCCGAGGUCAUCCGCACCAUUUGCCGCGCCGCCACCAUCCCCAGCGACUUUGACUCAGCUCUUGACCAGUACACGCAGAGCGGCUAUCGUGUCAUUGCGCUGGCCGGCAAGCCCCUGCACAUGUCGUAUCGCAAGACGGCAGCGCUGGAGCGCAACGAGGUCGAGUGUGAUCUGACGUUCAUGGGCUUCAUGGUAUUCGAGAACCGGCUCAAGCCGACCACGGCUGGUGUGCUGAAGGACCUGCGCGAUGCCAGGAUCCGCAUGGUCAUGUGCACUGGCGACAACCCGCUCACCGCUGUCAGCGUUGCCAAGGAGUGCGAGCUGGUGAACAAGACCACCACGGUGUUCGUCUCGUACCUGCACAGCGAGCCGCAUUCGGCUGACUACGAGAAGGACCGCAUUGAGAGCGAGAUCGCCAACCCACACUCGUCGCUGGCCAGCGUAUCGUGGCGCGAGAGCUCGGGCGUAAAGGUCGCCCUGGACCCGAUCACCCUGGUUCCGUAUGCCACUGAUCCCGAGGACGCGCGUGCGGUCGCCAUGGCCCAGGAGCUGGGCAAGACGGGACACUACGGCGUUGCCGUCACUGGCGACGUGUUUGGAUAUCUUUCCGAGCACGCCAUGCGCACCGAGACCUUCAAGCACAUGCUGAUGCGCGGCACUGUCUACGCACGCAUGUCGCCGGAGCAGAAGGCAGAGAUGAUCCAGUGCCUGCAGGAGCUCGGUUACAUUACCGGCUUCUGUGGCGACGGGGCCAACGACUGCAGCGCGCUCAAGUCGGCCGACAUGGGUAUUUCGUUGAGCGAAGCCGAGGCCAGCGUAGCUGCACCGUUCACAUCCAACUCGACCGACAUCCAGUGCGUAGUGCAGCUGAUCAGGGAGGGCCGGUGCUCCAUUGCGACGUCGUUCUCGUGCUUCAAGUUCAUGGCUCUGUACAGCAUGGUGCAGUUUACCACUGUCUGCUUGCUGUACAUCUACAAUGUCAACCUGACUGACUUCCAGUACCUGUGGGCCGAUCUGUUCACCAUCAUGUCCAUCGCCAUCUGCAUGGACCGCGCCAGGCCGUACAAGAAGCUCGUACCCAAGCGCCCCUCGGCCAGUCUGACCAGCAAGAAGGUGCUAACAUCGCUUAUUGGAAACACCCUGCUGAUUAUUGGCUUCCAGAUCUCCAUGUACUUCAUGGUCGAGUCGCGCAGCUGGUACCAGAAGCAGCUGCCUGUGGAUCCCGAAGACCCGGACUCGGUCGAGAACGAGGGCGACCUGAACACCACCAUGUUCCUGCUGACCAUGUUCCAGUACGUGUUUGCCGGUGCCGUCUUCACCAUCGGCCCGCCGUACCGCGAGUCGGCCUUCCGCAACUACUGGUACGUGGGCGUCAUCGCCCUGCUGACCAUCCUGGACCUGUGGAUCCUGCUUGUCCCUGUGGGCAAGAUCUACUCGAUUUUUGGCAUCAUGCACACGUCUGUCGGCUGGCGCUUCACCAUCUUCGGCAUGGUUGCUGGCAACUUCCUCGCGUGCUACCUGGGCGAGCGCUUCGUGUUCCCGCGCCUCGCCAUCCCGCUGGCCAAGAUCUUCCGUCUGAUCGGGCUUGGCUACACGCGCUGCUUCCACAGGCGCAAGCCCGGGCACCACGCCGACGCAUCGUCGGACUAUGCCAGCGACGACAAGCAGAAGGUCUCGUCGCGCACCUCGCUCGAGGAGCUCGGCCAUGUCUCCCAGGCUGCCUACGACCGCAAUGUCAGCGGCAUGAGCCUCUGGACGCGCCUCGGCCGGCGCACCAGCCGCAAGCCGUACAAGUACCUGCAGGAGGCCAUGGUCGGCACCAACACCUGGCACUAAUGGACGUUGUUGGUUACUCUCUUUAUUAAAGCACACCUAAUAAUGAAUGGCUAGAACUUUUGCUCGUCGAUCGUCAGCUGGUUGGCGACGUCGGUCCGGGCAACAAACCGCCGGAACUCGUCAAAAUCAAUCUUGCCGUCGCCGUUCUUGUCGGCCUCCAUGAUCGUCUUGUCGACGAUCUGCUGCAGCUGCUGCGGCGUCAGGUUGUUGCCCACCAUCAUCUUGAGC